CUCACAGACCACCACAUCCCAAUUUACACUGAGACCCGUGUCGCUAUUGACUGCUCAGUGAGUCGCGAGACAAACAUACAAUGGGGCUAUCGCCCAAACCCUGAAGCCAGUGGACCUAAGCAAUUAUGCCGCGCAAGCAUCGAGCUUACAGGCCCAAGAUCAAAGGCUGCUAUGAGUGCUCACAGCGUCGCAUAAGCUGCGACCGUGCCACUCCGCAGUGCCAGAAAUGUGCCUCCAGGGGUAUAGAAUGCAGUGGCCUCGGCAUUCGCCAUCGUUUCAAUAAUGGAAUCGCUGCUAGGGGCAAGUGGGCGGGCAAGACAGCCCCUUGUGUUGAAGAACAGGUGCCUCGAAUUGGUAACUUGAACUCGCAAGAUUCAACACCUGGGAAGCUACUGGAGACGGCGAAUUUGCCAAUAGCCUUCCAACACUACUCAUCAGCCGCGGACGUCGUUGAACCCACGAGAAGCGUCCAACUUGAGUCGUGUGAAGACGUCCUGGCAGAGAACAUCAACACAGAAGUAUACCCAAACUUGGACGACCUCCUAAUAUAUUCCCUUAAUGAAUGCGACGAAUUAUCUGUCGCGGUCAACCCGAUACAUCUUGAUACCCACUCGCUCACCUACCCCGCUCAUAUCAUCUCCCAGCCGUCACCAAGUAGUGGUUCUCCACGGGAGAGACUUCUCCUUUUACAUUUCUCGGAUCAUAUCGCAAAAGAGAUGGUCGCCAUAGAUGGCCUUCACAAUGGCUGGCGCCACCUAGUGCUUCCGAUCGCCCAUGAGGACACAUUGGUCAUGAACGCGGUUCUAUCCGUCUCUGCAUUCCACCUGUCAGUCACAAAGUCCAAGAAGCAGAAUAUGCAAGCUCUUCUAGCUGGAUCUGCGGUCGAAUCACUGCUCCAGCCACAACAGGAAACCGAUGCCGACCGUCUCUAUACUCGCACCAUCAUGGGUCUGCGGCAGCGACAAGAACUACGAGGCUGCGAUCCUUACACUAGGCACUCGGUACUGCUAGCAAUACUUGUCCUCCUGACUGCUGCAAUGGUGACAGCCUCUGAAGAUUUCCCAGUAUUAUUCAACAUGUUGCAAGCUGCGCUUGAGGCGAUUGGCGGAGAGGAUGGACUGGGCGGUGGCGAGUUGGCCGAUUUCAUGAUACGGCAAAUCCGCAAGAUGCGAGUCUAUGCGGCACCACUACUCAGUGAACAGAGUGGUCUCAAGACGCUUUCUUCUCAAGCUCAAAUGGCGCAGCUUUUCGAUUGUCUCAACUAUUGCUCCCAGCAACGACCCGGGCACGCCGCAGCUGUCUCACACAUCACGACCUUGAUAGGGCAGGCGCACGAAAUAUACCUUCGACAAGCAAUCUGGGACCCGUCGUAUGGCCCUCCAAUACCGCCAGACAGCUUCUCCGAUUCCAUCAACCGUGUGGAGCGUUUCAAGGAGACGCUAGAAACGUUCCCCCCUGGGUCACCCGGAGAGCAAGUUCUAAUCUGGGCCAGCUUCAUGGCAGCGUCCGAUUGUGUUCUAGAGGAGCACAAAUCAUUUUUUGAACAUCUAUUAUUACGCUAUUACAUGAGAAGUGGCUUCGUAAAUGUGUUGAGAGGACUUCAGCAUCUCCGGGUGAUCUGGACUAGGAGGAGCCUAGGAGACAGAUGGACGAGUCUACUACCGCAGGCGAGGAUAUUUCUGAUGUAAUUCACGAUCUGGACGUCAA